CCCCGUCGAUUUCAGAACCAAUCCCGUAGCUCGACCUCAACUGCGCUCUUCACAUUGAACGACGACCACAACUAAGUCGAACUGAUAUUCGCGCAUCUGUGCGACCUUCUAAAUCGGCUCCGGCUCUCUCAAAGAAGCAACCCGAUAGGCGACACUGCUGCUUGCGGCCAAAUGGCUGCUACCAAACCGAUCAAAGAUGUCGUCGGCGUCGCGAAGAAAUAUACACAGCAAAGCCACGGCAUUUACGAAAGAAUACGCAGAUUCUUCGCUGUAGACCCCGAUCGAAGCAAUGGUAUCCCAGUCAAACACUUCCGCAAUCCUCCCCCGGGUGGCCUCGAUCCCCUGUCUUACGACGAAGCUGUGACUACGCCUGCAGCAGAUAUUGCAGACAACCCAUACUGGAAGAGGGAUAUGCGAAGGGCCUAUCCAAAAUCCAGCACGGUUACACAGGCAGACGCCGUUGGUCUGUUGACGAUGGGAAAUGCUGCCAAUCCCAGUCCGAAACUGCUAGCUGGAGAGGAAGGGCAGAAGCAACUGGUGGCUGUCAAGCAAGAGAGCGAGAAAGGGUUGGCUACUUAUUUCGAAUCGGAGAAAGCAACAGCGAUCUUAGGAGAGAAUGGUCUACCGCCUAUGCCACCGUCGUUUGGCCAAAAGUCACAUGUGAAAUAUGAGAUUGGUCAAAGGGCUUAUGAAGACCACUACCCUAACCGAAACUUCGUUUGAGUUUGAUGACUUGAGUUAAAAUUAUGUACAGUCUCGAGCGCUC